CCAAAACAGGAAGAGGAAGGUCCGGUAAUGUUUAAAACAAAGCUCUGAUGUCAAGAGCUGGGGGGAAAGGGGUAAUGACAUCAUUAGGUGAUGUCAUGAGUUGUUAUCGAGUGAGAUAAGGGCAAGAUGACCUACCCUGAAGCUUUACAUGGCCUUAACUGCAGCUCCCGGAAGCCUUCCUGUUAUCCUUUUUAAUGUGACAAAAAGGGACAAAAUUAUCCCCUGAGUGAGGAAUGAUCACAUUCCUUUCAUUUAAUUAUUUUGAUUUAAAUUCAAUUCAAAUUUAAGCUCAAGCGUUUUCAUUUUUUAAAAUGACUGAUACUCCACUUUUUUUUUUAUCCAGAGGGCACUCAAAGUCACUGUCUUCAAUUGUAAUUUACAAAAUGACUAAAACCCAGCUUUAAAAGGCUAGCCUUUGUUAAUCAAAAUUGAGAUUUUUAUCUAGGACUUGCCCAGAUUUUCACUUCCCUGCUCCCAUCCUACCUUUUGUGGACUUGUGACUCACAACCCCAACAGCUGAACAAGAAGCCUUUGUAAGAAGUGGUGGCCAGCUCUUAAACCCUCUCAAAUAUGAAGUCCACUAACCAAGGUAAAAAGUCAGAGGGCCAUGUCACAAAAGAGCCCUUGAUGAUGUCAAGAGGCCUUGGACCUGGAUAGAAUGAAGCAGUGGUGGUGGUGAUCCCAUCCUUGAUGGGAUUUCAAGAUUGUCAUCUCCUGAACUUGAAAAACAAGACUGGGAGGAGGCUUUCAUUCUCCCCCCCCCCCAGUUCAUUGACAGUGGUUAGAAGAAACGCCAGCUCCAUCCAACACCUCUGUGACAACCAAAACCACAAGGAUUUGCCUGCAAGGAUUUUGGCCAUGUGUAUUGAUACUGGGACAGUUUCCUUGGACACAGAGAAGACAGACUUCACUGCCUCCAAUGGCUGCUAAGAUCUUUGAGAAUAUUGGCAAACUUAGUUUGGGCUUAGUGUUUGCUGGUGGAGUGGUCAACUCUAUUCUUUAUAAUGUGGACGCAGGUCACCGGGCAGUCAUCUUUGACCGAUAUCUGGGUGUUCAGGACAAAGUGGUAGGAGAGGGGACUCAUUUUUUCAUCCCCUGGCUGCAGAAGCCCAUCAUUUUUGACUGCCGUUCUCGCCCUCACAGUGUCCCUGUAACUACAGGGAGCAAAGAUCUCCAGAAUGUCAAUAUUACACUCCGGAUCUUGUUCCGGCCGGUGAUAAUGCAGCUUCCCCGGAUUUACACGACGAUCGGUGAAGACUACGAUGACCGAGUGCUACCCUCCAUCACGACGGAGGUGCUCAAGUCAGUGGUGGCUCGCUUUGACGCAGAGGAGCUGAUCACGCAGAGAGAGUUGGUCUCCAGGCAGGUGAACGAAGACCUGUCGGAACGGGCAGCUAGCUUUGGUAUUCUCCUGGACGACGUUUCCUUGACCCACCUGACGUUCAGCAAGGACUUCUUGGAUGCCGUAGAAAUGAAGCAAGUGGCACAACAGGAAGCAGAAAAGGCAAGGUUCUUUGUGGAAAAGGCUGAGCACCAGAAGAAGGCUGCUAUCAUCAUGGCCGAAGGAGACUCGAAAGCUGCAGAGCUAAUUGCCAACUCCCUGGCUUCCGCAGGGGAAGGUCUUGUGGAACUGCGCAAACUUGAGGCAGCUGAGGACAUAGCAAAACAACUGGCACAGGCACGCAAUGUUACCUACGUACCUUCAUCUCUCUUCCCACUACCUCGAUGAAUCUGCCUUGGGCCUGCUCCUCUUCUAUCUCUUCCUGUUCCCUUGACAGUAGCCAAAUCAGUCAAAACCUAUUAUGAACAUCAACUGUAGAGUGUCAAGACAAUGGCCAAAAUGUAAUGUGGAUUG